CGACUUGUGUGGAGCGUCUGUGGAGAGUCAGCGAACUACGAGAACGUUCUUUUUCUAAACUUUUACUCGCCGAAGACAUACACAGAAAGGACCCUACCAGCUGGAGAAGACCAAAGGGACAUCUGUUUCACCUUGCUGUGUCAAAUAGAUGAUUACUUUCAAGAGGUGGGGAUGAACAAAUUGUCUACCAAGAGGGUUGCUAUCCAGGACCCAGGGCAGUUCUGUUAUUUCUUUUUGCCAUUGUCAUGGUGAUGAUGACAAUGGCAUCCUCCCAGACGUGACUUGAGAGUCCACCUGAGUGACCCUGUUCUGGUUGCAGCUGAGAAGCAGAUAGGCAGCACAGUCGCCGGUCUCACUAUUGUCCUUAUCUGCCUCACUUCACCGAAUAGCCCUUCCUUCAGCCUGGACUUGGGUUACACUCCUCCCUGAGAUGGCGUUCUGCCUGGCUGAGUUGCACUUGUGGUCCACAAAGAGCUCACUCCAAGUCAAAGAUACUGAUAUUGGCACCUAUCAGUACUAUGAUAAAGGAGAACCAGCCAAUCCUGUUGGUCAUCACUACUACAAUGAGAAGCUCAGUUUCUGUGAAGCUCGAGGCUAUUCAUGGACCCCCAGGAACAGCCGACCAGAGAAGCUACGUGAUUCGCUGAAGGAGUUGGAGGAACUGUUGCAGACAAACACCUGUGUUCACACUCGAUGGAGAAACAAGAGUUGGUGCCAGCUGAUGCUGAGCAGCGGUGUUUUGGUAAGCCUGACUCUGAAUGGACCUCAGCUCGAACAGGUGUGCAUAGAGCGCACAUUAGUCGGACGACUGCCAGCCAACACAGUCACUGAUGCGGUACUUAGCGACAAAGUGAUUCUGCUGUCCUUCCUGGAUGAGAACAAAGUAGGUGCCAUCUACCUCAACAAGAAGAACCAGGAUUCUGUGGUGACUGGCAGGCGAACAGACAAACUCUCACUGUCUGAAAUCAAGGUGGUGUCUGCAGAAGUGAGUGCACGACAGCAUAGGCUCUUCAGACAUGUAGCUCUCAGCCGUCUCCAGGAUGUUGCGUUGUGCUGGUGGAAACACGACGAGACUGAUCAGGAGCUGUGGCCCUUGUCUCCCACAAACAGACACAGGAACAAUAUGAUCCUAUUGGACUGCUCGCUUACUGAAGGCCUCAAGGUCCUUAGCGCUGUUGAGACUGAAGGAAACCCCCUGGACUGCCGCUUUAGCCUGCUCCAGCCCUACCAGCUGCUAACAGUGGAACUGCCUGUGGAAGGUCAAACCAAAGUAGCCGGGCUAUGGAUUCAUACAUGUGUAUAUGAAUAUGCACAUGGACGUCUGCGCCGCCUGUCUGCCACCCGCAUCCUGCUGCCAUCUCAUGUUGUCUCCUGUUCACGUCACCCCUCAGAGACUACUCUGCUCCUAGGUUUAAGUGACUCCUCCUUGGUCCUGUGCGACCAGCAAAGAGGGCUUUCCUUACUAGCCCCUUGCCCUGUGCUACCCACCCUCCUUGCCUGGCACCCAGCUGGGGCCAUGUUCAUAGUAGGGGGAGGGCAAGGGGAGCUGAUGAGCUUUGAUGUGGGAUUGGCACCACUAAACAUGGCACUGGUAGCAGAAGAGGUAGCGUCAUCUGCCAUGCUAACACUUUCUGAACAUGUACGCUGUGCUGGGAUGCUGGAGGGAUUGCAGUGGGGAGCAGGCCUGGAUGGUGCCAUAGAGGGGACAGAUAUUCUGAUGUUGUACUUUCAUGAAGGACCACUGGCAGCCAUGAGAUUUCGACUUGGUGCUCUUACUGGAUGCCAGAUUGGGCCAGAGGAGCUGCUGCAGCAGAGGCUACGCUGUGGUCAGGUCAAAGAAGCACUGGGCAUCCUGGAGGCUAUGGACUGGAGCACCAUGGGAGACGAGUGCUACCGAGGCUUGAGCUCUGUCACCAACCAUCUGCUGAGGCUGGAGCUGAAUGCAGAGAGAGAAGCACAACUAGAAGCAGCACUCAGUGUAUUUUAUGCUCCACCUGUUCCUCUUCCUGAUGCUGUGAUUUUGGGGUACAGGGAACCAGUAAGCAAGUACGCCCACCGCUUUUUUCACCAUCUCCUCAGAUACCAGCGCUUUGAGAAGGCCUUCCUUCUUGCUGUAGAUUUACAAGCCAAAGACCUAUUCAUGGAUCUCCAUUAUGUUGCCAGUGAUAAGGGUGAGCUGGUGCUAGCAGACGCAGCAAAGAGGAAAGCUAAUGAAAUCGAAUUGCAGGACAUCCCAGACAUUGAAGAUCUUCUAAAAAGCAGAAAUGGUGUUUGUGGUUCCAGCCCUGGGGACAGACUAAGAGCGAGGACACAAGAGCAGUCCUGCCCACAGGCUUGCACAAACUAUGCCGAUGGACAAGCCAAUCAGAGAAGACUGCAUGCAGAAAACAUGUGCAUGAUUGUGAGUGCAGACGAGUUUGGCUUACUGAGACAAACAGAAAGCAGUGUAAGCAGCACUCUUGGCGCAAAUGAAGAGGAAGAUGCUGGGAUGCUCCAUGUGGUUCCUUUAGGACUGGUCUGAAAAAACCCAAACUACUCUCAUAUUGAAAGUAUUUAUUUACCUGUAAUAUUAGCUGGAUGAGACAUUUCUUAGGUACGGAUGGCUGAUCAAAGUAAAACGUUUGAAUAAAUUGUUUGCAUUUUCUAAGCAUUGGUGUAGACUGAAAAUCAGUGUUUGCUGAAUUGAAAGCCUUUAUUUACUUUGCGAAUCUUCAGCCACAUCAGAAGGACUGAGGGUCUCACAGCUGCACGGACGUGUAAUGUCUAAACCCAGCGAACAAUAAAACAAAACUCUUACACCUUAGAAACAUGACAGAAGAAGUUUUAAACCUUGACAUUAAUCACACUGAGGAAAAUGAAGGUUUUGUAUUAUCCUUUCCAUCACUGCUGUUAUUUAAUGUUCCAGGUUUUUUGUUUUUGUUUUUUUUUUUCCCUGUGUGUUUGUGCAUGCUGUAUGGAUGCACAUGUUGGACGAGAUUACGGGCCACAGUUUUAUUCAUGAACAGGAGCCAACCAGCGACUUUAAAGCAUCGCGCCGAGCCCCUUUCCUGAACAGCAGCCACAGCCAUGUCAGAGCUGUCGACGCGCUGCGCUCACCGACUAAUCUGACAGCGCCGCACGAGCCCUAAUCCCUCACUGUAUCGUAAUCUAUUUACUUUGCAUUCUAAGAGGAUUUCCACCAAAAAAUAUACAAGAAGCGACAUUGGAAAUGGACAGAAGAUCAGCGAGGAUGCUUUUCUGCUCCCUUUUUUUUGUUUGUGUGUUUGUUUUGUUGGCUUUGGGCAGGGGUUUGGAGGGGGGCAUAUCAUUGUAUGUUUUUAGGGAGUCAAUCCCCUAUGAGAGGGAUGGGUGAAAGGAAUUACAUUUCUGACUGAUACUAAUACUUCUCUUAUGUAAACAUCAAAAUGUUAUAUUUCCUCUCUGAUGAUACAGUCACACUGCAGAGGCUGUUGCUGCCUUUAGUGCACCUCUUGACAUUCAUAAUUUACAAACCGAGGCUACAUUAUCUCCUUAUUGUUUGACUUGACAGCUCAAAUAAAACCUGUAAAAUUGCUUAAACAGCUGAGCGCGAGUUCCUCCC